AUGAACCCCGCACUCAGACGUUGUCAGCGCUUUCGGAAGUUGUCAUUUAGCCUGCGUCCAGCUCGCAGUCACCAAUACUCGGUUGCAUUUCAACCUCGAAAUUUGCGACCAGGCCUUUCGAGCACUGUUUACUGCCAAACACAUCCAAUCAGCAGGAUUUCACUCCGCAAAGCCUCAACUAUGGCUUCUGAGCCUCAAUUUGCCGAGGGAAUCAAUGCCGAGCAGCUGCGUCCAUUUCUAAAUGAAUUGCAGGGCGAAGGGUGGGGUUUGGAUGAAGAUAAAAUUGGCAUCAAGAAAACCUUUUAUUUCCGGUCAUACUUCAAGGCUGUGAGUUUUGUGAACGCAAUCGCAUCACAAAGCUCCACAAAGAAGCACCAUGCCACGAUGACAAUAAGAUUCGGGUCAGUUGAUGUCCACUGGACUACUCACUACCCUCGAGGCCUGACCGAUAAGGACGUUUCGAUGGCGCGGUUCUGUGAGCAGGCGGCAGAGUUGAUGGGCGCCGUGCAAGAAGGGCAGGGCCUGAGGUGUGGGCCGGGGGCGUAA